AUGAGAUUAAGAAUUUGCAGUACACAGUUGCAAGCUCUAACACAAGAGACUGAAACUCUUGUUAAACAAGCUGUUAAUCUAGCAACAAGAAGAGGUCAUUCACAAGUGACUCCUCUUCAUCUUGCCACUAUCAUGCUUUCAAAUUCCACUAGCCUUCUCCACAAAGCAUGUCUCCAAUGCCAUUCUCAUCCCCUCCAAUUCAAAGCACUAGAGAUUUGCUUCAAUGUUUCCCUAAACCGUUUACCCACGUCCACAAUAUCUAGUCCUCUUUUGAGUAGUCCUCCAUAUUCAUCUCCUUCACUUUCGAAUUCCUUAGUCGCAACGUUCAAACGCGCUCAGGGACACCAACGACGCGCUACUUCUAUUGAGAGCCAGCAACAGUCUAUUUUAGCCUUGAAGAUUGAAGUUGAACAGUUGAUAAUAUCUAUUCUUGAUGAUCCUUGUAUUAGUAGAGUUAUGAGAGAAGCUGGUUUCUCUAGUUUACUUGUUAAAACCAAGGUUGAACAAGCACUUAUAAGCCAAUCCAAGGACAACACUUAUAAGCCACAACUUCAUGGUGCUAAUAAUGUGUCCUCAUCUAGAUCUUUUAAUCAACUUCAUGGUUCUAUAGACCAUUUUACAACUUGUGUUGGUAGCCUCAACCUUACUUUAAGUCUUGAUAGUAAUUUUCAAGCUCAGGAGAGAAGCAAAGUGAAAUUCAAGGAUGAAUCUUUUGAAGAUGGAGAUAAAGUGAACAAGCAUAUAGCUUUGCCAACAUGGCUCCAAAAUUGCAAGGAAGCAAGAGUUCAAACAAUGGAAAAUCAGGUUUUGUCGAAUCGAAACUCUAGCCCGAACUCAGGUUCUUCAAGUGAAGAAGUUGAUGGUUUGAAGAGGUCACAAAUGUUGAAUGAACUCAAUGAUGAGAAUAUGAAGAUUUUAUGUGAUGCAUUGGAGAAAAAGGUUCCAAAUGAAAAGAGAAGAUUAACUAAGGAGAUUGCAAGCACUGUCCUUCUUUGCAGGUCAGGAAUGAGAAAAGGAGGAGAGAAAGAUAACUACUUAGUGAAAAGAGAUGGUAAACAAGAAACAUGGAUGUUGUUUGUAGGUGAUGAUUCUCAAGCUAAAGAGUUAAUCUCAAAAGAGCUAGCUAAAGUUGUUUUUGGCUCUUACAAUGACUUUGUCACCAUUGGUAUAAGUAGUUUCUCUUGCAAAGGAAGUGAGGAAUCCAAAAAGAAAAGGCUAAGAGAUGAGUUUGGAGGUAGUUAUAUACAAAGAUUUGGUGAAGGUGUGAAUGAGAAUCCUCAUAGGGUGUUCUACAUGGAAGAUUUUGAGCAAGUUGAUUACUUUACUCAAAAGGGUAUUAGAAAAGCUAUUGAAAAUGGAAGUAUAACACUUCCUUGUGGUGCUGAAUAUGUGUCUCUCAAGGAUGCUAUUGUCAUUUUCAGUUGUGAAACAGCUUCUUCAUAUGUUGAUAACAUGGAGGAGACUAAAACAUCUCUCUCUUUGGAUCUCAACAUUGCUAUUGAAGUUGAUGAACAAAAUGUGCUUGGAGACUUUGGGAUCCUAGAAUUAGUUGAUAAACAAAUUUACUUUGAAAAACAAGAACAAACAUGUUAA